GAAUAUUUGGUUUUCGAAUUCAAUCGUAAGGAAUUUGGUUUUGAAUUUUGUUUUUCUGCGCGUGUAAUAAUGUUGACAAGUUUAGAACAUCUAAUUUUUGACUAUAAAUCGGGCACCAACAUCGUGAGCAAUUAGUUAUUGUUCAAGUGAUUGGACUAUAAACAUGUCUAAGCAAUUGAUGGUUUGUUUGAUUCUGGUUGCGGUUUUGGGAGACCAAUUCAUGCAAACUGAGGGUGGGCCUGGGAAUGGUCUUGGACUGCUUAACAAAAUGAAGGGAGCAGUAGGACAAGUAAACCAAAAAGACGAAAGAGGCCGAACAGCUCUUCAUGUCGCUGCUGAGAAUGGUAAUUUGGACGACGUUGAAAAGCUAAUUGAAAAAGGAGCCAAAGUUGAUUCGACAGACAAAAAACAGCGCAAACCUCUUCAUUUGGCUGCUAUGAAUGGACACAAUGAUGUUGCUGAGAAGCUUAUCAUGAAAGGAGCCAAAGUUGAUUCGACAGACAACGAACAGCGCAAACCUCUUCAUUUGGCUGCUAUGAAUGGACAGAAGGAUGUUGCUGAGAAGCUCAUCAUGAAAGGAGCCGAAGUUGAUAUCAAAGAUGCCCAUAAGCGGACAGCUCUUCAUUAUGCUGCUGAGAAUGGUCACGCGAAUGUCGUUGAAUUUCUCAUCACGAAAGGAGCCAAUAUUAAUUCGGAAGAUUACAUUCAUCAGACACCUCUUCAUUUAGCUGCUGACAAUGGACACAAGAAUGUUGCUGAGAAGCUUAUCAUGAAAGAAGCCAAAGUUUAUGUUAAAGACUAUUUAAAUCGGACACCUCUCCAUUAUGCUGCUGUUAAGGGUCACAAGGAUAUCAUUGAUAUGCUCAUCACAAACGGAGCCUAUAUUAAUUGUGAAGAUCACAAUAAUCAGACACCUCUUCAUUUAGCUGCUGAGGAUGGUAACUUACAGAUCGCUCAACUCCUUGUGAACGAUGGAGCCAGUGUUACUGUUGAAGACUUUUCUAUUCAGACACCGUAUCAAAUAGCUGCUGCUCGUAUCUCACGAAAUGAAAAAUACAAGAAGGUUGCUGACUAUCUUAAGGGGAUUGAAGAGGAAAGGCACAACGGACAUUAG